AGGAAAAAACGGAAAGGGAGACACAAAGGGAAAAGUUUAGUUUGACUCUUGAAGAGUUUCCCCUCUACAGUGUGCUGACAUGGAUUGUUUUCUAAACUUAUACGCGUGGAUUUAAUAGGGCGUUUGGUCCCUGAAAUGCGUUCAUGAGCGUAUUUGGUGAUAGCGGAGCGAAUGUUAGAAGAGGCCAAGAGGUAGUGUAAGAUGGCUGCAGCGUCUUACGAUCAGCUGCUGAAGCAAGUGGAGGCGCUGAAGAUGGAGAACUCCAACCUGCGACAAGAGCUCGAGGACAACUCCAACCACCUGACGAAGCUGGAGACCGAGGCGUCUAAUAUGAAGGAGGUGCUUAAACAGCUACAAGGAAACGCUGAAGAAGACUCUAUAGAAGCAUCCGGACAAAACCAUCUCCUGGAAAGACUGAAAGAAAUGAGCAUGGACCCCAACUCGUUCCCGGGGGUGAAGCUGAGACAGAAGCCAUCCAUGCAGGGCCCGGGCUCAGCCAGGUCCACAGACAGCAGCCCCAGCCCCGUGGGCUCCGUUCCCAGGAGAGGGGUGGCCAACGGAGGCCGCGACAGCGCGGGUUACCUGGAGGAGCUGGAGAAGGAGAGGUCCCUGCUGAUGACUGAGCUGGAGAAGGAGGAGAAGGAGAAGGACUGGUACUACGCCCAGCUGCAGAACCUCACCAAGAGGAUCGACAGCCUGCCGCUGACGGAGAACUUCUCGCUGCAGACAGACAUGACCCGCAGGCAGCUGGAGUACGAGGCCCGUCAGAUCCGCGCUGCCAUGGAGGAGCAGCUGGGCACCUGCCAGGACAUGGAGAAGAGGGCACAGGUGCGCGUCGCAAGGAUUCAGCAUAUCGAAAAGGACAUGCUGAGGAUCCGACAGCACCUCCAGACUCAGUCCGCAGAACCUGAGAGCAAGCAUGAGCCCGGCACCCAGAGCGAGGGAGCCCAGGCCUCCGGGGACAGUGCCAUGACCAGCGCUGGCUGUGCCCAGGGUUCCAGCAGUCGUCUGGAUUCAGACUCGGCCAGCGAGAUGAGCUAUGGGGGAAGUUACUCUGUUCCCCGGAAACUGACGAGUCACCUGGGCACCAAGGUGGAGAUGGUGUACUCCCUGCUCUCCAUGCUGGGGACCCAUGACAAGGACGACAUGUCCCGCACCCUCCUUGCCAUGUCCAGCUCCCAGGACAGCUGCAUCGCCAUGCGCCAGUCGGGCUGCCUGCCCCUGCUGAUCCAGCUGCUCCACGGCAACGACAAGGACUCGGUGCUGCUGGGGAACUCCCGCGGCAGCAAGGAGGCCCGCGCCCGCGCCAGCGCCGCCCUGCACAACAUCAUCCACUCGCAGCCGGACGACAAGCGCGGCCGCAGGGAGAUCCGCGUGCUGCACCUCCUGGAGCAGAUCCGGGUGUACUGCGAGACCUGCUGGGAGUGGCAGGAGAGCCACGAGAGGGGGGUGGACCAGGACAAAAACCCAAUGCCCUCUCCAGUGGAGCACCAGAUCUGCCCAGCGGUGUGUGUUCUCAUGAAGCUGUCUUUUGACGAAGAGCACAGACAUGCCAUGAAUGAGCUUGGAGGGCUGCAAGCUAUCGGGGAGCUUCUACAAGUGGAUUGCGAGAUUUACGGCCUAACCAGCGACCACUACAGUGUUACCCUUCGGAGAUAUGCAGGGAUGGCCCUCACCAACCUCACAUUUGGGGACGUAGCCAAUAAGGCCACCCUGUGUUCCAUGAAGGGCUGUAUGAGGGCAAUGGUGGCACAGCUGAAGUCUGACAGUGAGGACCUACAGCAGGUCAUUGCCAGCGUGUUGAGGAACUUAUCUUGGCGUGCGGAUGUGAACAGCAAGAAGACCCUGAGAGAGGUGGGCAGCGUCAGAGCUCUGAUGGAGUGUGCCUUGGAGGUGCAAAAGGAAUCUACUCUGAAGAGUGUACUGAGUGCCCUCUGGAACCUAUCAGCUCACUGCACUGAGAACAAGGCGGAUAUCUGUGCUGUAGAGGGGGCAUUGGCCUUCCUGGUCACCACUCUGACUUACAGGAGCCAAACGAACACCCUUGCCAUUAUUGAGAGUGGAGGAGGGAUCCUUCGCAAUGUGUCUAGUCUCAUUGCUACCAACGAAGAUCACAGGCAAGUUCUAAGAGAAAACAGCUGCCUCCAGACUCUUCUUCAGCACCUUAAGUCUCACAGCCUGACCAUCGUAAGCAACGCUUGUGGAACUCUCUGGAACCUCUCUGCUCGGAACACGAAAGACCAAGAGGCAUUGUGGGACAUGGGUGCCGUGAGCAUGCUGAAGAACCUCAUCCACUCCAAGCACAAGAUGAUCGCCAUGGGCAGCGCUGCGGCAUUGAGGAACCUCAUGGCCAACCGGCCUGCCAAGUACAAGGAUGCCAACAUCAUGUCCCCUGGCUCCAGCCUGCCUUCCCUCCACGUCAGGAAACAGAAAGCCCUGAUCGAGGAACUGGAUGCGCAGCAUCUCUCGGAAACGUUCGAUAACAUAGACAAUUUGAGCCCCAAGGCCCACCGAGGUAAGCCAAGACACAAACCGAACGCCUACGGCGAUUACGAUGGGGUGUCCAGAUCGGAUGUGUUCAGCCCCAACAGCAUGCCCGUGCGACCCCAGUACAUGAACACGCCCGUUCUGUCCAGCCCGUCAUCGAGGGAGAACCGAGGGCCCGCUGAUAUCGUCAGGGCCGAGAGGGACCGGAGUGGGGACAGGGAUAGGAGGGGAGUGCCAGGGGGGCUCCACCCCGACAUGGAGAACAAGAGAAUGGGGAUUCAAAUCCCCACCACCACAGGCCAGAUCGUCAUGGUGAUGGACGAUGUACAGAACAUCCACCUAGGCCUGGAUGACAGGUCACCAGAAAACGCACAGGAGCCCCAUCGUACGACCGCAACGCAUGGCCAUUCCAACGUGUACGCCUACAGCAAACCAGAUCACGCGGGCAGAGCCUGUCCAAUGCCCAAGUUGGAAUACAGGGCAUCCAAUGACAGCCUCAACAGUGUCAAUAGCACUGAUGGCUAUGGCAAGAGAGGUCAGAUGAAGCCCUCGGUCGAUUCCUAUUCCGAGGACGAUGAGGGAAAGUGCUGCGUCUACAGGAAAUACCCAGCGGAUCUCGCCCAUAAGAUUUACAAUGCAAAUCACAUGGAGGAUGAUGAUGGAGACCUGGACACGCCCAUCAACUACAGUCUAAAGUACUCCGAUGAGCAGCUGAAUUCUGGGAGGCAAAGCCCAAGCCAGAACGAGAGGUGGGCCCGGCCCAAGCACAUGGAAGAGGAAAUGAAACGUUCUGACCAGAGGCCUGGGAGGUCCCAAAGUCCCGGCUACCCAUUGUACACAGAGAGCAGAGAAGAAGGAGAAGAGAAACUGAAAUAUCAGCCAAGGUUUGUCCAGACAGAAAUUCAAGCUGGGUUCCGAUCUAGAAACGCGAAUUGCCCCGAUCAAAGCUCUCCUGGUUCCAGCCAAGGAAUGAACAAAAAGAUCAACCAGACCAUGUGCACUGUGGAUGAUUAUGGAGAUGACAAACCAACCAAUUACAGUGAGAGAUACUCCGAGGAGGAAGAGCCCGACGACCAGCCAACCAAUUACAGCAUCAAGUACAGCGAGGAGCAUCACGUGGAACAACCAAUCGAUUACUCCCAAAAAUCCCAUCUUCCCAUCUUCAGUCAUUCAAAGCCCUCCUCCACUCAGAGCUCGGUGAAAGAUCACCACAGUCAAGAGGGUUCCGCGUCCUCUGUGACAUCCAUUAAGAACGCAGGCAGGCAGAAGCUUCAUUCCUCCUCGGCCCAAGCGAGGCAGACCCGGGUGAGCCAGAAGAACCCUGUCAAUCAAGAGACACUGCAGACGUACUGUGUCGAGGACACGCCCAUCUGUUUCUCCAGGGGAAGCUCUCUGUCUUCGUUGUCCUCAGACGAAGACGAAAUGGAGAGUUGCAAGAGGAACAUCAACGCCGCUAGCAACUACCCGACUCUUCCCAUUGCGGAAAAAGAGCCUCCCGGUCCCCAAGAUCAACGUGCAAACGAGAGCCAGUCUUCGUCGCAGUAUGUCAGGAUGAAGCCUCCAAGGAGCCAUGGCCACGGGGAAGGAUCCAGACACCACAAAGCUGUCGAGUUCUCAUCCGGAGCCAAGUCGCCGUCGAAGAGUGGCGCCCAAACGCCGAAAAGUCCCCCAGAACACUACGUCCAGGAGACGCCGCUCAUGUUCAGCAGGUGCACGUCCGUGAGCUCCUUGGACAGCUUCGAAAGCCACUCCAUUGCAAGCUCUGUGCAGAGUGAGCUGUGCAGCGGGAUGGUCAGCGGCAUCAUCAGCCCGAGCGAUCUGCCCGACAGCCCGGGUCAGACGAUGCCGCCCAGCAGAAGCAAAACUCCGCCGCCGCCACCUCACCCAGCCCCCAUGAAGCACAAGAAAGUAGCUCCUCUCACUGAGAAGAGGGAGAUGGCUCCUCGGCACGUGGCCGUCAACGCCGCCGUUCAAAAAGUCCAGGUGAUUCAAGAUAACGACACCCUAUUGCACUUUGCGACGGAAAGCACUCCGGAUGGAUUCUCCUGCGCGUCUAGCCUCAGUGCGUUAAGCCUCGACGAACCCUACAUUCAGAAGGAUGUGGAGCUCAAGAUAAUGCCACCGGUUCACGAGGACGAGCAGGGAAAUGAGGCUGAGCUUGAGGCAGACGAUGCCCAGGGACCCAGUGGCCAAGAGAAUCACCCAUCACACGAGGCAGAAAAAGACAUUCUGGAUGACUCUGAUGACGAUGACAUAGAAAUACUGGAGGCUUGCAUCAACUCUGCCAUGCCCACAAAGUCAUCAAGGAAACCUAAAAAACAGUCGCCCCCAUCCACAUCCAGAAUAGCCCCACCGGUUGCGCGCAAACCAAGCCAACUUCCUGUAUAUAAACUUCUUCCCCCACAGAACAGGGGACAACAGCAGAAGCACGGCAACUUCCCUCAUGGAGACGAAAUGCCCAGAAUAUACUGCGUGGAGGGCACCCCUAUCAAUUUUUCUACAGCUACAUCCCUCAGUGACCUUACCAUUGAUUCUCCCCCCAAUGAGCUUGCCGGUCCCGAAAGUUGUGCUCCCCGCGGAGAAAUGGCCUCCAGUCAAAGAAGAGACAUUCUUCCUGAAGGCAAAAGCACGGAGGAGAAGGAUGCCGGUGCUGCAAGUUCUACGCAAGCUGCCACGGUAGAAAAUGAAGGAGAUGACAUCUUAGCGGAGUGCAUUAGCUCAGCCAUGCCAAAAGGAAAACCCCACAAGCCUUUCAGAGUACAGAAAACAAACGACCAACCUCAGCACCCGACCUCCUCUCCUGUUAGUCUCGUCCAGCAAGAGGCUGAGAAGAGGAAGCCCACCUCUCCGGUAAAGCCAAUGCCACAGAGUAGUGAAUACAGAGCAAGGAUGCUGAAGAGGCCAGAUGCUCCAAACAACUUUUCGGCAGGACCGUCGUACACGGAUAAACACAAGGAAACCAAAGAACAAGACCCAAAAAUGGCGGCGCGGGACUUUCCAGAUAAGACGCCAAACGUAGAGGAGAGAACAACACGCCCCGGUUUCACCUUCGACUCGCCGCACCAUUACACGCCGAUAGAGGGCACGCCGUAUUGCUUCUCGCGCAACGACUCGCUGAGCUCGCUGGACUUUGAAGACGACGAUCUUGACCUCUCAAAGGAAAAGGCAGAGCUAAGAAAAGACAAGGACCAGAGGAAACCUCCGAGGCACGGCGGGGAGCCGUCCGCGAGGGCAGCAAGUGCGCACGUGCCCACCGCUCCGACCAAGCCUCUGCAAAAGCCUGCCGCUUUCCCUCAGCCAGCCAAAGAAAACACAGGCCCGGUGCCCGAUGAGAAACAGAAGUUCUCCAUCGAAGACACCCCGGUGUGUUUCUCUCGCAACUCAUCCCUCAGCUCGUUAAGUGAUAUUGACCAAGAAAACAACAACAAAGACCAGCCAAAGGAGGAUCCAAAAGAGGUGGACGUUCCAAGACCCCAAGCUUCUGGUUACGCACCCAAAGCCUUUCACGUUGAAGACACCCCUGUGUGCUUCUCUAGAAAUAGUUCGCUCAGCUCCCUCAGCAUUGAUUCCGAGGACGAUCUCCUGCAGGAAUGCAUAAGUUCUGCCAUGCCAAAAAAGAAGAAACAGCCCACCAGAAAUAAGGGGGACGACCAAGGUGUCACAGAGGAGAAAAGUAUGGAUGGCAUUCUGGCGGAAGAGCCCGAUCUCGUUCUAGAUCUCACGGAUACUCACAGUCCAGUUUCUGAGCAGGCCUUGUCACCAGACUCAGAGUCAUUCGAUUGGAAGGCUAUUCAAGAAGGUGCAAAUUCAAUUGUCAGCAGUUUACACCAGGCAGCCGCCAGCUUGUCCAGACAGGGCUCAUCCGACUCGGACUCAAUCCUCUCCCUCAAGUCAGGAAUCUCGAUCGGAUCCCCUUUCCACCUACCCUCUAAUACAGAUGAAAAUAAGCCUGUGGUCAACAAGGGAGGCCCUAGAAUUUUAAAACCUGGUGAAAAGGGUACACUGGAAGUAAAGAAGAAAGAGGAGGAGCAAACCAAAGGUUUAAAAGGAGGGAAGAAAGUCUACAAAAGUCUUAUCACAGGAAAACCACGGCCCAGUCUGGAGACUCCCUCCUCUCAGCAAAGGCAGGCCACUGUUCCCUUGAUCUCUCGUGGGAGGACGAUGAUCCAUGUCCCAGGUGUUAGAAGCAGUUCCCCUAGCACAAGCCCUGUGCAGAAGAAGCCUCCUGCACGUGGCCCUGUGUCCAAGCCACCGACACAAGUACAGACCUCUGGCAACUCACCCAGAAGCAUCAAAACACCUGGAAAAGCUGACCCCGCUCCUGCCAGGGAGACACCUGGAUCUCAAGGAGGGUCCAGUAAAGCUUCUUCCAGAUCCGGAUCAAGAGACUCAACUCCAUCGAGGCCAGCUCAACAGGCCCAGACCAGACCAAUGCAGUCACCCGGCCGCACCUCUGUUUCCCCAGGAAGAAAUGGUCUGAGCACUUCAAACAAGUUAUCCCAAUUUCCACGCACCGCCUCACCCGGUGCGUCCUCGACAAAAUCCUCUGGAUCGGGCAGGAUGUCCUACCCCUCCCCUGGGAGGCAAAUGGGUCAGCAAGGGACAAAACAGAGUGGCCUGCCAAGGAGUGCCAGUGGAAUCCCAAGAAGUGAAUCUGCAUCCAAGAGUCUGAAUCAGUGUGGAAGCACUAGUGCCUCUAAAAAGGCAGACUUGUCCAGGAUGUCAUCCACUAAAUCAAGUGGGAGUGAGUCAGAUAGAUCAGAGAAACCGGGGCUAGUUCGCCAGUCAACGUUCAUCAAAGAGGCUCCUAGUCCAACACUAAAAAGGAAAUUAGAAGAGUCCGCUUCCUUUGAAUCUUUGUCCCCCUCUUCGCCAAGCCAGUCUCAAACACCCGUCUCCAGCCCGUCUUUGCCCGAUAUGUCAUUGACUCUGCCCUUUCAGGGGAGCUGCUGGCGCAAGUCCCCUCAAAGUCAGAGCUCCUCGGAAAAUGGGGACGGAAAAUCCGUGAGGAAGGAUAUUUCCAGAUCUCAGUCAGAGAGCCCCUCCCGGCUCCCCAUCAACCGAACGGGAACGUGGAAGCGGGAGAACAGCAAACACUCCUCUUCCCUUCCCAGGGUGGGCACCUGGAAGAGAACAGGAAGCUCUUCCUCCAUUCUCUCGGCGUCCUCCGAAUCCAGCGAAAAGGGCAAAAGCGAGGAUGAGAGGAAGCCGCUGAGCCCGGCCCAGAAGUCACCACAAGGCAAAGAUGGCAGCAUGCCUUUAAAAGGAACAUGGAGGAAGAUGAAAGACAGCGACAUGCCCCAGUCAGAAGGCCAUGAGUCUUCCAUGGAUUCUUGCAACAUGGCAAGGAACCAGAUGAGCUUAGCUGUGUCUCAGAGUGAAGAUGUAUGGGUUAGGAUUGAGGACUGUCCAAUUAACAAUCCCAGGUCUGGAAAAUCACCCACUGGAAACACUCCCCCUGUCAUUGACAGUGUUCCAGCUAGAAAACCCGCUUCUGACCGCGACAUAAGUGAAACUCAUCUUAAACAGUCGACUGCAAGCGAGAUCGCCCCUGCUCGCAGGCUUGGCUCAGAGACUAAUUUAAACUUGUUCAGGAGCAGCGAGAGUCUCGAUAAGAAAGGGGCGGACCUCAAACUUGCUCAAAGCACCCCUUGCAUAGUCCCUGAAGCGCAUGAACUACCCGUUGCUGAACGUACCCCUUUCAGCUCCACCAAUUCUAGCAAGCACAGUUCACCCAGUGGGGCUGUUGCAGCUAGGGUCAGCCCUUUCAACUACACCCCUAGCCCCAGAAAGAGUAGCGCUGACAGCAUUACACCACGGCCAUCACAGAUACCCACACCGGUCACCGCCACUGCGAAAAAGAAAGACUCUAAAGGGGAAAGUUCUGGAGAAAGUGGGUCUUAUAUCGUAACCUCGGUUUGAGUCAAAUGAGACCAGACUUGGAACGCCCAGGAUCUAAGAAAAUGUCUUGAAUAUAAGAUACUCUUUGACUUAUGUUGUAUAGAACUGAAAAUAAAUUAUAGGUUCAUCCUAACUUUUGGUGGUAAACAGAAAUAUGUAAAUAGUAGUUGAUCACUAGAGGGUUAUGUAGGUGAGGCUUAUUGGAGGGGCACUGUUUCUUUGCUGGUAGAAAUGUGGCUGGGACACUUGGUUAUCAGAGAGAGAGGGAGACCUGUGAAGGAAAAUGUAUGUGAAUUUGUACUGUACAGAUUUUAAUUAUGUAUGUAUUUAAUUUAAUCUUCUGUCAAGAUCAUGUAUCUUUCCUGACUUGGCAAAGCUAAUCACUUAAAGAUGCAUAUUUGGGAUGUUUAAACACUUAAAGAUGGAUUUGAUAUUACUUAAUCUUUUGUUUUUUAAUGAACAUUCAUUAGGUCCUAAAGGUUUUUCAUUUUUACUACUGCAAAUGUAUUAUAAACCCUCCCUUGCAUGUACUGACCCAAUGGUUGGUUUCCAGAAGUAAAGAUGAACAUUUUUGUGGUCACAUGAUGUGUUGGUAGCUGUAGUGUAAAGUUUUACACUAUUUUACGUGUUCUGAAAGUAAGGAAUUAACCUCAACCUUCACAAACGUUUUGGAUGAGAAUAUUUACAUUGGAAAUAGAUUAUAUAAGAGAGUAGAUAGAUACAUUGCUCUGCUGUUGUUUCUUGUUAUCAGGUGAGUCGGUUGCUUUUUAUGAGACUGUCUCUGAAGGACUGAAUGAACACUUCUAAAGAUUAAAUUAUUACUGUAGGGGUUUGGUGUUUAUAUGGUUCUUAAAGCUCAGUUUAAUUUCCCCAGUAAUCACUGUAAUUGAUAAAGCACAUAAUCAGAGGAUGUAUUGUUCUGCCAAAAAAAUAUUACACUGUGUGAAUGACUGUUUUUCUUUUUUUUAUGCAAUAAAGUAAAUGGUUGGAUAUUCAAGGAAAAAAAAGGCAAUUUACAUAAUGUAAUUCAGCAUAAUAAACGUUAACAUUUUUGGUGCAAAAUCA